GUUUGAGUAACAACGUUUUCCGCCUUUCUCGGUUGGUAGUGCGCAGGACCUUCUGCAUUUAAAUUGCCAGUCAGUGCAUAGUGUCGCUCCAGCGCAGUUAGGUGUGCGGUGUGGCCAAAAAGGAUCCUCUCCUCGACUGCGGGAACUUGUGAUUUUUUUUCGUUUUAAGUUUAUUAUACUUGUUAAGAAACAAAAGUGAUUUAUUUUUUUCUGGGAAGAGAACGUGAGUUCAAGGAUUAAGUUUGGGAUUUGGAAUCGGAAGAUAAAAAAAAAUCAGCGCCAGUACAGUGCGACCUCUCUAAGCCGAUCAAAAAAAAAAAAAUUAUAUAUGUAAGUCGCAGAUUCUGAUCGGAAAACAGGAAAAAGUGAAAAGUUCUAACCGGAAAAAAAAAGCAUGUGAAUAAAAAAAAUUCCUGUGAGGCUAUAGGAAAAGAGCAAUCAAACGACAGUGAGCAAAACGAGUCGGCUUAAAGUUGAAACCAAGCAGAAAAAAAAAAUCUAUUCAAGAGAAAAAGAGUGGAAAAUGUUUUUAUCGCUGGCCGAGGAAGUUGUUGCGAAGGAAUUUACAACUACAGCACUUCGACGUUGUUGGUGCCCUGCCCUCCUGCUGUAAGUAGAAGUGUGCAUUGUGUAGGAUCGCUUGCUCUGUCUGCUCCCUGAGUAUACACGAAGAACGACGACGACGACGAAGAACCGAAGAGCAAUCGUCGUCGGGGGGCGAAUACACAAAUCAAAGUAGUCGCGUUGUCCGUCCCAGCAAGCGGCGCAGGAAAAUAAAAAGGAAGCAAGCGAGCACAGUGUGCUGUGGAGAAAAGUUGAAGUGUGUGGAAAAAUAAGCCGGAGAAAAAUUAUUUUAAUUCAAAACCAACUCGUCCGGAAAGGAGAAAAAUGUAAAAUAGGACCGAACCCAGUUCGGAUUUUGGUGAAGAACAACGCAAAAACCUUGGAAAAAAAACAAACAUUCAACGUCAUUCAAGGCGUCAUCGCGGAACGUGUGAUUCACGAACGUACUAUUAUCUCAUACAGUAAUCAACACUAGGUCAUUAGCGCACCAUGUCGUCCCAAAGAUUCUGCCUCCGGUGGAACAACCACCAGACUAACCUGCUAUCGGUAUUCGAUCAGCUACUACAUGCGGAAACGUUCACCGAUGUCACCCUGGCCGUCGAAGGACAGUCCCUGAAAGCACACAAGAUGGUGCUAUCGGCCUGCAGCCCGUACUUUCAGGCAUUAUUUGUCGAAACCCCUGAAAAACAUCCCAUCGUCAUCCUGAAGGAUGUCCCCUUCAAAGACAUGAAAUGUCUGCUAGACUUUAUGUACCGCGGAGAGGUUUCUGUUGAUCAGGACCGUCUGGCAGCUUUCUUGCGAGUAGCGGAAAGUCUACGAAUAAAGGGUCUCACCGAAGUCAAUGACGAUAAACCUCCGCUCCAAACGGCGUCGCUAACCAGCGGGUCUUCAUCAAACCAAAAUCAACCAUCCCAACAGCCUCAGAACCAGCAGCAACAGCUUCAACAGCAGCUAGCCGCGGCUGCAAGCCGAAAUGCACAGCUGGCAGCACUGCAGCAAAGUCAGCAGUUGCUCCAGCAGAAGCAAAAAUCCAGCCAAAGUAUGCUGCUGACGAAUCCCCUGCUUGGUUCUGCGCUCUCCCAACAGAGGCGGAAACGCGUCCGGCCGCGAAAACUAUCCGGUAGUGAUACCGGCGAAGGGGAGUACGAUGGCUACGAAAGCGACAGUAUUGUGCAAGGCUCGCCGGACCUAAUGGACGUUAAAAUGGCAACGGACGGUACCUCGAACUCGGGCGACGAAAACGUUAUCAGCCGCUCGGAAGACAACGACCCCGAGGACUCGAUGGACACCUCCAGGAGCCCACCGGUUGUUAACAACAAUAACAACAACAUCAGCAAAACCGCCAGAAGCAGUCCCGCCCCUUCCGGUACCACGGUAACAUCCGCCGCCGCGGCCAGUACGAACAAUACCACCACGACCAACUCUUCCAACAGUAGCAACGUGAAGAGUUCGGCCAGUAGGCUGAGAAACGAAAACAGCAUGUCAGAACUUGCGAACAAGCCCGAGAUCACCAUCAUCCCACAGCCUCCGAAGCCGACAGCCGUUGCACAACCGGUCGAACCCGUUCCGAUGGAAGCGGACGAUGCCACCGAAGACGAUGACGAGGAAGACGACAGCGAUAGUGACCUGGAAUUCAUCCUACCGAAGAUGGAAGCCUCCGACGAUUGUACUAUCGUAGAAACCAACCCACCGCAGGAGCCACAGUCCAAGGACCAAGCUCAGCAACAACAAUCGCAACCAAAUAGCAAACGACAGGAACAACAGCAAUUGUUCAUACAUCAGCUGCAGCAACAGCAUCUUCAAAAUCUACAAUUGCAGCAUCGUUCCUUGACGAAGAUGCAAAUGAUUCACGGUCCGAAGGGAGAAAAUGGCGACAGCAAUGGAGGCGGACCGGCGAUCGGUAGCGAUCCCGAAGAUCAAGACAUCGGCUCACCGGAAACGCCGUUGUCUCAGGGCAGAACUCCUUCGCAGGAUUCCUUCGACGAACCAAACGGUAACAAUAGCCAUCUUACUCCGUCCGGCCGACAACCGGCGAGACGCCGCCCACGGAGAAAGAAUCUCGCUUCGGACGAUCAAGCCGAAGCGCUGACCGAAAUGUCCGUACGCGGGCUGAAUCUGUUUCGCUACGCCAGCAUCAGCGACGGAGUCUACCAGUGUAUGGAGUGUGCCAAGGAAAACGUGCAAAAGACAUUCAAAAACAAAUACAGCUUCCAGCGUCAUGCCUUCCUGUAUCACGAGGGCGCCCAACGGAAGGUAUUUCCCUGUCCAGUGUGCAACAAGGAGUUCUCCCGUCCGGACAAGAUGAAGAACCACCUCAAGACAACCCAUGAAUCCUACAUGCCCAAAUCGGAUCCAGUGUACCCGAUGAGCUUCAUCGUCGGCGCCAACGAGGCGAAUCAAAUCCCACCGAAUCACGCUACGGCCAAAAUCGAGUCCGUACUGAGCGCCAUCCAGAUGCAGCAGCACCUGAACCUGCAGAAGGAACUCCAAAGUCAACACGCUAAGUUCCAGCUGCAGCAACAACUGAUCUCACCAAAACUAAUGGAUAACGGCGGCGCCCCGGCGAUCGUUGUUGCCGCCACCAACAACGGUUUGCAGUAAUGAACAAGAUUUCCAUUGCAUUUUGUUUCUAUCUACUAUUUUUUUAUAAUAGGUUUAAGACGCACUGAUAUUUACUAAGACUGCAACUAGUCUUCCACGUACGAUGAUGCUCACUCGGAGCGGUGAGUUUGCGCCAAUUAUCACUUUGAUACAAGCAUUUAAUCACGAAUACAAGCCGUUCGAAUUCGCCAGAUGCGAACGGUUGCCAUUUUGUUUUUGUUCCAAUAGCGGUGCUAGCGCAAAACAAGACCACUAUUGAUCACCACGUGUGCCUUAUUAUUAUCAAACUACUGGACUCGCUUUCACGCACAAGCAACAAUAACCAUAUAUUUCAAGAGCAACAUAAGACUGUCGAUAGGAGUUUUUGUAGAGUUAAAAUAACCUGUAAAAGUAAUGCCAACCGAAGAAUACGAGUGCACAAACAGUGUCUGUUGUGUGAAUUAGGUAUAUCGCUUUUCUCUCUCUCUCACACACACGCACACAUUCUCUCGCCUAUAUUAACGAUGGACCUAGCUGAUUGUUACGCAUCUUAUUUGUAUGAUUUCGUAACGUAUUCCCAAAUUAAAGACUUUUUUGCGUGAGCUCCAAAAUAUUCCCCACCAAACUCGUUAGUAAUAGAAAUUUCGAUUAAUCUAAGAAUCGCUGCAAUGCUUCAGUUUUGAUAAACUUAUUAGGAACGAGAACAAAUCCGAAAACAUGCGGUGCAUACAAACGGCAAAGGUCUAAACAAGAGAGGUUACAUUUCCCGAUCUCGUCAUUUCCUAAGAAUAAGUUUUAAAGAGAGACAAACUGAACAGAUCUAUUUUCCGAUAAACAUGAUUUCCUUAUCUCACAGUCUAUUUUCAAGUUUUAAUUUUAAUUUGUGAUAUAACUUUUCUCAAUUCUUGUAAACCGAAAUCCUUUGGUUAAUUUUGCAUUUUAACACCUUAUCAAUAACAAUUAGGUAACCCUCUUUUGCGAUAUUCUACUAGUAGUGUAUGUAAAAAGAAAAGUAAAAUAACCGAUCUCUUUAAGAAAGGGAGAAAGCCUUGAAAUAUGAACUGAACUGAACUGCAGGUGUCGUGGAACAAAAGCCAGCACGAACAUGCUAGCAUUACAUUUAUUCUAAUGCUUCUAUAAACAAACAACUAAUGUAAUAUUCUAGUAUAAUAAACAGUGACAACAACUUCUCAUAGAAUAUAUAUGUAGAUAACCGCGACACGCGAUGUGGGAACAAAGCCACAUCGGUGAAUUGCAUUUCAGGUAUAAGCCUAGAUUGUAACCAGUCGAUGAAACACGUACUAGUUUUUAGAGUGAACAGCAACGCUAAUUUACAUUUAAGGAGUACUACAGUACAGACUUGAGAUAUCAUCUGCGAGCGAACAAACACGAACGCACACAAAUUGUGAAAACUGUUAGUUCAAAAGGCCAUGUAACAUAGUGCACAAAGAUUAUUUCGUUUGCGUAAAAAAAAUACUGUUUGGGAUUUGUUUGACGUGCAUCCAGUGAUCGAAUAAUAAACUAUUGAAUUGAUUAAUCUAAGAAACAAAGAAGACAACUACCUUGAACUGAGUGAUUACAUGAUUUUGUCACGCACAUAAUAACCUACUUAUUGGCAAGCGACACGUACGUUUUGACUAAAUACACCUUGAAUCAAUU